GAAAUAGAAGUAAAUGAAUGGAAUAUUCUCUUAGGAGCAGAUUAGUUUAUUGCUGGGCUUGGGAUGAUGAUGUCAAGUCAGAAGAAAAGAAAAAGAAACAACACUGAGGGGGGGAGUGAAAAUGUUUCACUGAAGCAAUAAAAUGCUGUUGGAUUCCUUGGGAUGGUGUCGUAAAUGGAGUAGAUGAGAUGGAGGUAGGGAAAAACGUGCAUGUGGUGUAAAGACUUGGAAAGCGUUGGCUUCGUUCCUUUUCACGUUACAAGAGAUUCUGGACCAGCAUGGAGAGUAAAUCAGAACAAGAGGAUGGGGGAAGGGGCUUUUCCCUCUUACAUCUAACCAUGGUACAAAAAUUCCCUGGCAACAACUUUAUCCUGCUGGGUCUUGUUGAUGUUGUUUCAUAUUGCCCCCUUGUUCAAGGACGCCCAGUGUUAAAGUAGUGUUUUCUCCUUCUGUUGACCGCAUCCAACAGCUGUUUCAAGGUCUGUAAAAUUUGACACGCUUUGCUACCCAUGCUGGAGGUGGUACAAUCCAGGGAGCUACUGGCCGGUGGGGAGUGGGAACAUCUUGACGCUUAUGGGCCACUUUGGGCUCCUACAAACAUGUUCUCUUUCUGCUUUUCCUUCCUGCUGAGAGAGCUGGACACGGCUGUAGGGCUGCUAGUCUAUUGAGCAGAUAUAUGGAGCUGUGACAGCCCAUUAAACCCAUGUUCUCUGGCAAGCGCAGUAAAACAGAGGCAUGUGGGUUCAUGCUUUCUCCCCACAGUCUGCCGAUCACCAUGGAAGCACCACACCAGCCAGUAAACAGAUUGCCAUCAAGAUUGGUGAAUCUUUUCCAGCCAACUGGCGAUGUUUCCAGAGGGAAGGAUGGAGGGCUGGAGAAACCCACCAAUAACUUUCCUUAACAUGCUCUGUGCUCAAUAAAUCAAGGCUCCUCUAACUGGAGGCAAACUAGAACAAAAACGAUAGAGGCUGGAAAAGAUCAGUAAUGGGGGUAGCAAAUAUUAUCCUGGUAGAGUUUUUCCUUAACUCCAGGAGAGGUGGAUAGCAGAAGCAUCCACUGGGACUUGUCAACAAAGUCAAGAUGGCAACCAGAACCACAUGAUUUUUUUAUAGAGAAAAGGAGCAGGGCUUUGAUUUCACAGGUGCAGCCACCAUCUUGACUUUUUGGACUUUUUAAACCUCCUCUAAAGGUACUCCUGACAUAGUAAUUUAACUCAGAAGGUAAGGAAAAACAAAUGGAAGAAACAGGAUGAGAAAUAGAAUAAUAUGUGAAAAGGAAGGAAUGGCCUGUAGUUCAAGAGCAAAGGAAGGGAGCAAAGGAAGGAAAGGCCAAUGUAGAUCACAUGUUGUCAAAGCCAUGCUGUGCUUGAGUCUGUGUGGGAAUACAAAUCUUCUGGGGUCAUUUAGAAUUAUUUUUUAAGGACUGAUAAAAUAUCUUGUCUAAGCCAUAAAAUGGACUGUUGCUUCUCUUGAUGUCAAGGCAAGAUCUGGGAUUGCUCAAGGGAAGUCUGUGAAUGAGUUCACAGCAACAGAUUAGCAGUAGCUUUCCCCAAGACAGUAGCCUUCAGAUGAGUUAGGACUACAGCACCCAGAAUUCUCAGCCACCACAAAUUAUGGAAUUAUGGUCCCAAUCCAUGUGGAGGGUGCUGGGUUGGGGCAGGCUGUUCAAGAAUAGGCUUCAUCCUCUACCUUCUUCAGCUUUAUGUGGCUCACCUUGCUUCAUGGUGGAUGAAUACGCUGACCAGGUUUAAGGAGUUUACUUUGGGUGAGAUGGUUCCUUGGACAGCAAAGCCCUGAGCAGGGGCCUAGCUAAGCCAAACCGUUGUGCUGAUCUAAGUAACCUGCUAGGUCAGUUCCUAAAUUAAGAAUAACUUCUCUGUUUGUGUUUUUCCUGUCCCUCACAGAUGUCCAUUAUCCUUUCGGGUCUUAUCCACUUCUUCCGGCCACUGCUAUCAUCCCUCUCUGGUGUACUCGAGUGCAAGGGUGUAGCACCAUGGUACUUCCUCACAGGCCUCCGCAUUGUGGCCAUCUUCUUCUCCAAUGGGCCCUGGGAUUCGAUGAAGCAGGACAUGGCCUGCAAUUGGAUAGCCCCAAUGGAAGAGAAGUCACGGGACUUCUGCGCAACCCUGUGCCAGAACCAAUAUUUCCCAGUCUCAGUUUCAGCCACCUGGGGGGUGGUGUUCCUUGCUGUGCUCCUCCUGGUGGGACUCAUGAGGCUCACCAGCCCCAGGAAAAAGAAAAAGAAAGAGGAUGAGAAUGAGAAUGGCAACAACAACAGCAACAGCAGUGGGAAUAAUAAUGGCAGAGGCGUAGCUAUGGUUGCCACUGUACCACAUGGAUCCAGUGCAGACAUAUCCACUGUCUAUAUGGUUGGACGUCGUGGUCUUCCAAGACACUAUGGUCCCCGUGGUCCCCGAUCCUACUAUGCCCGACAUUUUAACCACAAUGUUUGGCAUAAUCGGAGUGAUCAGGAUGGCAUACCUAUGGCCCACAUGUCUGGAGGACAUGGUACCAAUGUUGGUUUGGGACCAUAUGAAGCAGAACAAUAUGGUAUGCCCUGUCACCCUGGAUACAUUGACACCUCUGAAAUGCCUGACCACUGCUAUGAUAUGUCUCAACAGACAAUUAAUCCAUACCCAACAGAUAUGCAACAUACCAAGAUGAGCACCUAUUGCCCUGAAACAGAUCAAUAUGGAAUGUCUCCCAUUCAAAGUCCUAAAGAACAAACCAAUGUUGCAUCCUGUUUUAAUGAAACACAGUACAACAAUGCUCCUACCAACUAUGUAUCUGUUCCCAUGAGCAGCUCUUCAUAUAAAGGUAAAAUACCUCCUCGUUGGUCAGAGGACAAAAAUCAUGAGGGUCUUCAACAGAGAUAUAGAGGCCCUAAAGAAUACGGUGACUCUACUGAUUAUGCAUACACUAUGGGUAGAACAUACACUGGGAAAGGCAAGAUGAUCCCCAGAUACUAUGAAGAAACCAAAUAUAGCAUGGCAACCAAAUGUAAAACAAUCCCAGAAAGCCACGUGGACCAGAUGACUGUCCCUCCUAGGCUGGAUGACAUGAACAUGGCCAUCAAACAUAGGCCAGUUCCAGGAAGUAAAAUGAGAACCAAGCAGCAAUUAACUUUUGAUGCCCCUGCUAGGAGUGAUGUGGGCUUUGGCAGCAAGAUAUACCCCCAACCACGGAUGGCUGAUGAUUCCAACUGCAGACCCACUGACAAAAAUAAAGUCAUGACUGGGCUUGGCAUGGUCACUGGACCGACUCUAUCUUGCCAUGGUGAUGGUGCAUGUACAUGCCCUGAGAAUAAUCCAUGCCACGUGGGCUCCUCAUCCCCACCCCAGACAGACCCAGGCCACUGUGCUGAGUCCAGCUAUUACAGAGAAUCUAUACCUGGACCACAGGAUGAUGCCAAGGUGAUCAUCGCAAACAUCUGUGGCAUACCUCUCUUUGACAUCUGGGUGGGGCUUCUCCUAACUAGCGAGACCUGCUUUCUGUGUGCUAUAAUUCUCCUCCAAAUGCCCAGGCUCAUUGGGCGUUCCUGGAUCUGCUCCCCGGGAGCUGUCAGUUGCCCUGAAGCUGUUGAAUGUGCCCUGAAAGGCAGAGCCGAAAAACGGAUGGCAUUAUGGGGGUUGGCUUUCACCUCCAUUCUUUUCAUAAUAGCAUGUUCUGGCUACUUUCACCUACGUUUCUGCUGGAGUAGAAGGUGCUGUCGCAUGUGUGGGGAGAGUGAGGGAGGACGGCAAGGAGCAUGUGCUGAGGGCACUGAACCUGAAGAGCACGUGUUUAGAGGGGAUGUAGAAAGUGGCAAUGAUGAGAAUAAGGAAGAAGGGUUAUAAGAAGAUGGAGGUAAAUGGAAGGAAGAAAUGAUGAGCCAACCCGGUCUGGGCAUUCCCGUUUCAUAUUUCUGAUCAGAUUUGCCCAGGGGCUUUACCUAAACCUGGCAACAGCCAGUUCCGAUGAUAAUUUAUUGUGUUAGCUCUUCAAAGUAAUUCAUAAUAGCAUGUGCUUACAUGUCCAAAACCAUAGUAAAACAAGGGUUUUCAAACUUUGCAGGGCCCUAUCCUCCUAAAAUUUCAAACAGGGUUGACUUUUUCCAUCACCCUGAUACCACAAAUUCAGGAGUCCACUCGAAACAAUAAUAAUUUAACUGAAGUUAAACUGCAGCCCUUGACAAAUGCUGUGAUUGGGACUGAUGGAAAAAAAAAUCAGUAUAAAGAAUUCCUUUUGAGCUGGAUGGCAUUUCUUGA